UGCGUCGAUGAGCAAUUCCAGCAGCACUACGGACACGUAUCCGAGCAACCCCAGACCUCCGUCCACCAUGUUCCGAAGAAGGCAGCAAUGGCGGUGUCAUACCAAGGCAAACUUCCUCAUUUUUUGGCACGCGACAUUGACGCAAAGAAGGGUCUGAUCAAUGAUAUCAUCAGACGCGUCGUCCAGUGGGCUCUAUACGAAGUCGAAAUGUGGCAAUGCCUGGUUAGCAAAAUAGAUGCCUUGUGGGGUCUUGCUCGUGCCAGCGGAGUUAACCUUUGGUGCUCAGAAAACUCCCAGUGUCUAGAAAUACCAGACGAUCAACCUAAAGUGAAGGAGGCCUGGGUCGACUUGGGCUUCCAUGCACGUUGGUUUGUGGAGCGUCGAAUCAACCACGUCGUCGGCCAUGGCGGCUUGUUUGCCACCGAAACAACCCGGCAUCUCUUUCGUCGAGAUACUAGCUGGCCGAGUUUGCAAGUAGUCCAGGACGAUUGGGACCUACCCAAGGAGUAUGCCGGUACCAAAAUAGACUUCACUGUAAGGGACCGCGGGUCGGCAACACACGAGGACGCAAUGGACAUUGACAAUAACGACAUGAACGAACCUGGUAUCGAAAAGUUGGAUAGUCCAACCUGGUGGUCAAUCAAGAAUGUCCACACCGGACUUGCGAGCAACUUCAACAUUGGGUCCAUUGGCUUACCGAAGCUCAUCCGGGCCUUGCGCACGAAGCUUUAUGAGCGACACACAGCACUCGGGGCUCAGACGUCAGUCACAAGAGACUAUGAAGCUAUACACUUGACAGGCCUACUCUGCCACCACAUGCAACUUGUACACCCAUUCGGACAAGAUCUCCUGGAUGCCGAAGGUCGCAGCACGCGGCGCCGUGAAAGCCCAGCAGGCCCUUUUCUCAUUGGUUUCGACGACUUACCAUUCGAGGAUCUUGUGCAAGAGGAGACGCUGAGGUACACACAAUGGUUACUCGGGGUCGUCUACAAACCGCAUGGAGACAAAGACUACGGCCGGCACUCGUUGCUAGCCCAGUUGUGGGUGAGGACCUUUUGGCGAGAACUCUGCAACGGGCUUGUAAAGUCGACCAAAGAGUUGGAGUGGGAGGAGUUAGAGGAGUCGAAGGAUUCAAAGGGCUCGAAGGAGGUCAAGAAGUCAAAGAAAAAAACGAGUCCUGCGGGCGGUGGUAGGGGUGGCGGCGGUAUCGUGAGGCACGGGAGCAAGAGGGGCAAAGUCGGCAAAAAUGCCGCGACGCCAAGGUGUUGUCGACCAGCCGGUGUUCAACGAUACCUCGCUACCAACCCCUCUGACAGAGUUGACUUGGAACUGAAACAACCUUGGUACGAUUGCAAGAAGAUCUGCGGAGAGAUCAUGACUGCCGCGCCCCCGGACCACCGCGAACCUCCCCAAUGGGACUCUCGUCUACCUAAGCUCGUAGUGGUGUCGACUCCUGAGGAUAAAGAGGCAGAAGACAAGGACGAGACGGACAAGGUCAUGAUAAGCAGGUCAGUUUGGGCGACUAUAGAAAAUAUUUGGAGCCACGGCGUCGGAUCCGUCGUCAAGAGGAACGUGCUUGAGCUCUUUAGCGCGUUCGACUUUGCCCGCCAGACCCGUGAGGGAUCUCGCGAGAGGUUCAGGUGGACUCCCAAAUCCGCGUUACCGGCACCGACUGGAGCGAAUGGGCAGCCCGAAGCGAGAAGUAUCACGAUUCAUUUGCCGCACGAUGCCAACGCAGACAUGAGGAACGACCAGCUUCGGUGGCUUCGAGAGGCAUGCGCCAAUGUGGGCAUCACGGAAGAUACUAUAAAGAGGUACUACUAUUGCCAAGGGAAAUAUGCAGCUAUGCGGUUUGGAAUAUGAGCAAGGGGAAGAGAGAGGGCGGAAUCGAAGGCGUUGUGCAAUGGGAACUUUGGAUAUCUUUGAGUUUGAGGAGUUACCUCGCG